AUGGCCGAAGACUUCCUCUUUGCUAGUGAUUACGAUGGCUCAUAUCCCUUAUGCAAGGAAGAAGUGGAUAGGCCUUAUCUAUCACUUGGAAUCUUUGAGCAACAGAGAAAUGAGCAAAACAGAAAAAAAGCCGAACUGAAAAGAGAUGGGAAUGAAAGUGAUUCUAUAGCUAAAAAAAUAAAAGAAGCUGAAGAAACAAGAAAAGAAAUAAGCAAUUUACAACAAAGAUGUAUUGAGACACAUGAUCACAAGUAUGAUCAUGGGAAACGUGAGGUGUUGGAAAUGGAUAAAAGUAAGGUAGAACUGACUAAGGUGCAACAAGAAAAGAGUAAUGAGCAUGAAGUAGGGUGUGAUAUGGUCCCUCCCCCUCAGAAAAAGAGCAUGCUACAGCUCGACAGCAGUUCUCCACUAAACCUGAUGAUGAUGUGUGAGGAGUCUGUUGAGAGAUCUUUAAGUGAAGAGCUCAUGCUCCAAGCUGCAGUAACCAUGACUGUUCCAGCUGCUCCAAAUCUGGGCAAUCGAUCGUUUAGCAGCAGCCCAUUUGCAGAACCUAAAACAUUUGUUCCUCCUGGGCAGCUGGAGGUGACAUUAAAGCAUGUAUGCACAACUCGUCGUUACACUCGCUUCACCAGCAGACCUACACCGCUGCUGCCAUUACCAUCAGUUCACCCAGAAACAAGCUUGCAGCCCUUACCAAGCGUCAGCAAUACCUCUAUACUGCCACCUGGCCCCAAGAAAAAAACACGCACCUCCUACAGCACUGAUCAGUUGGAGGAGUUGGAAAGGGUGUUUCAAGAUGAUCACUACCCAGAUGCAGACAAGCGGAAAGAAAUUGCAAUUUCAGUUGGUGUCACACCUCAAAGGGUCAUGGUGUGGUUUCAGAAUCGUCGAGCCAAAUGGCGCAAGACGUCCAAAGCGGCAGCAAAAAAGGUUUCAGUGAGCCGAGUCCAGGCUCCUGCUCCAGCCCGUGUUCAGGUUCCUGUAAACAGGCCUGCUCUUUUCAAAGGUCCUGUAAUUGCACCUCUGCCUCCUCAAACCGGCAACAAACUCCCACCUCAUAGCACCCUCCUCACCAGCUGCACAAGCCCACCAGGCUGUGUGGAUGUGGCCACGACUUGCGUCUCCCAGGCUGGUUUAGGUGACUUCAUGCCCCCCAUUAUGCAGAGUCCCCCACCUCUUCGCCGAGCCUCGUUGCCCUUCUUUGCUGCAUACAACCCCCCCAACUACGCUCUGUCUGUGUUGCUGGACACACCGGAACAUAGUGAACCUCAGCCUUUCAGCAUGCACACAGACACUGGGUUUAACUACGAUCUUAUGGGCCCUUCAUCUAAAUAUGAGGCUGGAAAUGGCACUCAGCCCUACUUUCUCACUACAUACCCCCAACAGUCCAGUUUACUUCCCCAGCAAUCUAACGCUCUCCUUUCUUCACAAAGCAAUAAUGUACUCUCACAGCAGCCAAACGCGCUACUGCCACAGUAUUCGCGUAUGUCAUACCUCACCCCAUCACCUUACCUGACCCCCAACCCUAGUGAAGGAACCACCAGCUCUGGCCUGCCACUGAACCCCAGCACCAACAGCAGUCUACUGGCCUGUUCUAAUGGAGGACAUUCCUAUUUUCAUAGCCAAAAUGGCAGUCAGAUACUACUGCAACAUGGAGUGCAAGCUAUGCAGGCGUACUCAUGGGCUGGUGAUAUCUACAGUCAUUCGACUCAGGUUCCACACUCACUCUUAAAGCCCCAGUUCACAUCUGAGAGAGAGAGCCACUAUCCUCCACUGGUUCCAUCCCAGCCCUACAUCACACCACAGAGGGCAACCAGCCUGACCAAAUCUGCCACCCCUGACCCCAUGCUACCUAGUGUGAAAACGGAGUUAGAGGAAACUGGGCACAGCCAACCAGCCAGAGUAUCUGAGCCAGAGACCAUUUUCCACUGUGAUUUCUCACCCAUUCACUUCUGACAGGGCCAUCAGCACUGAAUGCGGAACUCUACAGCCUGCAGUCUGUUUGUGUAUUUUUGUGUUUAGUUUGUUUUUUUGA